AGGAGAGAAACAGAGUAAGACUCCUCUGUGUGUAAAAAUGUUUGGUAUUAAAUCGCACCUUAGCACACAUCAGAGAAUUGACUCUGGAGAAAAGUCAUAUAUAUGCUCAAAAUGCGGAAAGAAUUUCAGCUGGAAGAUUAACCUAACUUCCCGCCAAAGCAUUCACACAGACAAGAAACCACAUUAAUGCUUGGAAUGUGGAAAGAGUCAGGGGUCAAGUAUUAAUGAUAAUACACAAAUCCACACUGGUGGAAAACCAUAUAUAUGCUCUGAGUGUGGAAAGAGCUUCUAUCAGAAGAGUAACCUCAUGUACCACCAAAGAAUCCACACAGGAGAGAAACCAUAUACCUGCAAUGAGUGUGGAAAGAGCUUCAGCCGCAGUGACCACCUUACAUCGCAUCUAAGAAUCCACACUGGAUUGAAACCAUACCAAUGCUUGGAGUGUGGGAAGGGCUUCACUCUGAAGAAAACACUUACUUUGCAUCAAACUGUCCACACAGGAGAGAAACCAUAUACCUGCAAAGAGUGUGGAAAGAGUUUCAGCUAUAGCUUUGGCCUUGCUUAUCACCAAAAAACUCACAAAGGAGUGAAACCCUAUCAGUGUUUGGAGUGUGGAAAGAACUUCACCGAGAGGAUAACGCUUAGUCAGCAUCAAAAAAUCCAUACAGGAGAGAAACCACAUCAGUGCUUGGAGUGUGGGAAGGGCUUCUGCCGUAUCGAUAGCCUUAAAUGCCAUCAAAAAAUCCACACAGAUGUUAUUAAUUCCACAGAGAAGCCAUUUAAAUGUUCAUAGUGUUGAUUGAGUUUCAUUCACAUUACUCACCUUACUUUCCAUCAGAGAGUCCACCCAGGAGAGAUCCCUUAUCAUAACACCAUUCAUAAAGUAUAUGAAUUAUUUUUUUUCAUAUAAGAAUAGCCCUGCUGGAUCAGGCUCAAGGCCUAUUUAGUCCAGCAUCCUGUUUCUUACCGGUUCCCUCUGGGAAGCCCACAGACAAGAGAUGAAGCAUGCUCUCUCUCUCCUCCUGUGCUCCCGGUAAAUCCUAUUCAGAGGCGUCCUGCCUCUGAGCUUGAAGGCAGCCUGUAUUGAUCAAGACUAGUAGAUACUGGUAGACUUGUCCAAGCUGGUAUCCAUCAGCUCCUCCUAUGGCAGAGGUUUAACGACAUACCGUGCGAUGAAGUACUUCCUUUAGUUAAUCCUACAUUUCCUGGCAAUCGGUUUCAUGGGAUGGCCCCUGGUUCUGGUUUUGUGGGAGAGGAAUAAAAUUUUCUCUAUCCACUUUCUCCACACCAUGCAUAAUUGUAUAGGCUUCUAUUAUGUCUUUCCUUUGUCAUCUUUUUUCUAAAUGAAAAAACUCUAGACGUUGUAGCCUUGCCUCAUAAGGAAGGUGGUCCAGACCCCUGAAUAUCUUGGCAUCCCUCUUCUGCUCCUCUUCCAAUUCUACAAUAUCCCUUUUGAGAUAUGGUAACCAGAACUGUACAGAGUACUCCAGUGCGGCUACACCAUAGAUCUGUAUAAGGGCAUUAUAAUAUUAGCUGUUAUAUUUUCAACCCCUUUCCUAAUGAUCCAGAGCAUGCAAUUUGCCUUUUUCACUGCUGCUGCACAGAGCCAACAGUUUUAGCAUGUUGUCCACCAUGACCCCAAGAUCUCCCUCUUGGUCAGUCAUCCACAGCUCAGACUCCAGCAGUGUAUGUUAGGGUUUUUUGCCCCACUGAGCAUCACCUUGAACCGCAUUUGCCACUUGCCUGUGACUGUGAACUCUGUGUCACCCCCACCCCAAUCAAGCUGCUGCUUAUUGCUGCAGAAAGUCUGGUUCCGCCCUCUCAUCCCCACAGUGAGACAAGGGCACAGGAUCAUGCUUUCACCAGCCAGGUACAAGUGGUGCCUGCCCUAAAGGUCUAGUCUUAGCAACGAGCCAAGAUGUUUGUUUUUUUUAAAGUAAGAGUGAAAUGUUUGAUUUGACAAGUGGCCUUCUUUGAAGAUGGCCGUGCUUUCUUUUCAUGCGGCUAGUCAUUGUGGAGAAUUUUCUUUUUAGUAUUUACCACCCACUCACCCAUCUUCCCCACUCCCCUUACCUGGGGGUGGUGAUGCUAGCCCUAGGCCUUUGACCAGAUGAGGUAUUCCAUUAGAAUUCAGUUGCCUUAUGCACUAGCCAUGAUCAUGCAGUCAAAGCACCGCAAUAGUUAAAACAUCAGAAAAUCCUGAGGAACUUUGCUAAUGGGAAAACUUGCUUGCCUCCAUUUUAAAUGAGGAAGAACAACAGGGAGAAUUCCAUUCUUUCUUGCUGGAGAACUGGAGUCGGCAUCCAUCAAUGUGGUGGUGGUGGUGGGGAGAAUAUUGAAUAUUGAAAAAUUAGUUUAACUCAGAUUUUUGUAUCAGUCCCAAAACUGCGUUCUUUAAAGUAAGCCUUACAACAGUGGUGGAUGCCUCCCCUUUCCUGCUUGCUAUGUACCCUGUGCUUGGUGACUUGGUCCUUUGAUGAAGCCUCUCCUGCUCCUUGUUCUGCCCCACACAUAGCCGAUGCCAGCCUUCUAUGCCUCUACUGUGCCCCUCACUCAGUUCCCUUGGUGAUCUUUGGGGAGAGACCUUCAAUACCUGCGCGUGUCAGAGGGACUAGAUAGAAAGCCACUCUGAUAAUAGACAAAAAUAGCAUGCCCAUUCACUACAUGUGAACACUAGAAGUUACAGUAUUCCCCUUAUGGGAUGGGGCUGCUCUGGGAAGAGUGCUUGCAUGCAGAAGGUUCCAAGUUCCUUCCUUGGCAUCCCCAGAUCGAGCUGAUUGAGACGUCUCUCUGCAACUUUGGAGAAGCCGCUGCCAGUCUGUAGAAAAUACUAAGCUAGAUGGACCAAUGGUCUGACUCUAGGGCACUCUUACCUCUGGACUUCCAUGCCGAAAUCCAGGGUCUCAUCCCCUGGGGCCCUCCACAAAUCCUCUUUGGUCUGUCCUGGAUGAUGUGGUCACUGCGCCGUGCCACCAGCGUGCACUGUACCAAACAUGACCUCAGCCUAUGCCGGGUGGCUACAUAUGACCUCUGCUUUAGAGAUGGAGGAGUGGGGAAAGAAAGAAGUGGGAUGGGAAUAUGUGAAGUUGCAUGUUGAAAUGUUUCUGCUAAUGCAUAUUUGCAUAAAUAUAUCUGUUUUAUGUUCUUACA